UAAUUUUGACGUAUAAAGAGCAGGGCAGAUCCAGUGAGAUCGUCACAAAUUGUAAGCAGCUAUCAAUCAACAAGUAUCAGAUAUGGCCUCAUUCUCUAAGACAAACUUCAAGGCACUCAGCUAUAACUCGUUCCGUCCACACUACCCUCCCAGUUUUUACAAUAUUCUUACUUCAUAUGUCACAAAGGAUACUCCAUCCAAGUUGCCCAUUGAGUCUGCUAUUGAUUUAGGAUGUGGUACUGGUGUUGCUACGUACCCCUUACUCAACUUUUCUAAAAGAGUGACGGGUCUCGACUUGUCACCUGUGAUGAUUGAGACCGCCAAUUCAUUGAAGUCCGAACGGUUAAACCAAUUGGGCAUCUCCGACGAAAAUAGUAUUUCGUUCAAGCAGGGUGCAGUGGAGGACUUCGUCAACAAUGAACCCAGAGAAAUUGAAGAUGAGUCAGUUGACCUCAUUACUGCUGCUCAAUGUAUCCAUUGGUUUGAGGAUUUCGAUGCAUUCUUCAGAAAUGCCGCCAAGUUGUUGAAAAAGGGAGGAACUUUGGCGUACUUCUACUAUGUGGACCCAGUGGUGGUUGGAUACACAGGGAGUUCGAAGUUGGACAGAGAUACGACAUUGAAGAGGGCUAAGGAAAUCUACUUCAAGUAUGCCUAUGAUGAUCCAGAGCUUCUUGGACCUCACUGGGAACAACCAGGUAGAAAUAUCAUUAAGGACCAAUAUUCGGUGCCUAACUCCAAGGUUCCCGAGGACGUGUACGAAGACAUCACCAUCAAUGAUUUUGAACCUGACUUCAAUGGCAUUUCUAGGGCCACAGAGAAAGAUCUCGAUUUAAAGAAGGAGAACAUUUCCUUACAAGGUUUUGCCGACUACGUUCUGACUUAUAGCUCAUACCACAACUACAAGGAAGCUAAGGGGGACAAAGGAGAAGUUCUUGAACAGUUCAUCAAAGAAUUGGAGUCCGAAUUUGGCUGGGAUAGAAACGAAACAAAGAUUGACUUGGUGUGGACCACAGGUUAUACUUUCCUCCGUAAAAAGUAGUUAUGAUACAGCUGUCAAUUUAAUUCUAAUAUCUUUAACAUGCAAUGUGAAGUUUUGACAGACAAUAUUAUGAUCAGCGUCCGAUAACUGGGUUAUUAGCUCCAAUUUUGUGGAAUGUAGUUCU